AUGGGACAGUCGCUCCAGGCUGAAAGCUAUGCCGGGGAUUGGGUUCCAGAGCCGGCCGGUGAGGACGAUUCUACCGGCCAUGUCCAGAAGAUUCGUGUGAGCACGAAUCCACACAGGGUCACCUUCGAGGUUCAUUCCACACGGUAUCACAGCUUACUAUGUGGCGAUGUCGGCGAUGGUUGGAGCUCUGCUCCUGAUGACGCAGAAGCUUUAGCUGUCGACAGUGAGGGAAAACGUUUCAGUGGAAACUUGGAAUGGCGUCACCAAUGGAUAGCUGAGUCAGGAUUGUUGAGAACGGAGCUGCAUGGUCCCAAGGUUUGCGGGCCAGAGGGCCCACCGUCAGAAACGACGCUGCGGAUCGAAAGGAAGUUGCUAUCCGUAGACAAGAUGAUGGUGCAGCUGCAGAUCGUAGACGAGGAGGUGAAGGAUGUGUCGCAAUGCACUUACUGCAGGAAGGCAGCAACCUCGACCACAGGGCCGUCUCCGGUGUCAUUCCUCCGUGAGCACGGGCGGCCAUUGAAAACACUUGAGGACCGUUUGGCUGUCCUGGAUAAGGUGGGCCAGUUGGUUGCCGACAGCUGCGAGGAAAUCAGCCAGGCGCAGGCGACGGAUCGGGUUGUGCCUGACAAGUUUCAUGGUUCUGCAAAGAUGAUCUUGGGGGGCAUUGCUUUCUACAAGAGCUUGCUCCCGGAGUGGGUGAAGCCGGAGCCUGUGGAAGAUCUCGUCCCGGUUCCGUUGAAAGCAGGUGUGGAGGCGGAGUGGGCGAUAUACAAUGAGCCGAAAGGGGUUUGCAUCAACAUCACGCCCUGGAAUGCCCCGGCCACAAUCACUUUGGCCAAUGCGGUGUCAAUGCUGGCGGCUGGGAAUCAUGUUGUUGUCAAACCCCCGGAGUUGGUUCCUGCUGUUUCGGCAGUCCUUCGGCGCCUUUGUCAAAGGUACCUGAGUGGCUAUGUGUGGGUUGAGGAGGGUGGAAAAGAGGUUGUCGAAAGGCUCAUCGAUGAAGGAGCUGAUCACGUGUCAUUCACGGGCGGCGGCGAGAUCGCCAAGCUCGUGGCUGCUCGCUGCGGUCAGAUGUUGACCCCGAUGACUCUGGAGCUUGGUGGGAAGAGUCCGGCAUUUGUAGAUGCUGGGUUGGACGAAUGCAUGCUGCGCAGCAUCGUCCAAGAAAUUCUGGAGACCAAGGUGUUCAAGACGGGGCAGUUCUGCUGUGCGCACGACUAUGUCCUGGUCCACGAAUCGGUCUUGUCUGCCUUCUGCCGCGUGUUCAAGGUCAUGGUGGAGGGUUUGGGUGCCAAGCGCAACGUGCGGAUGCUUGGAAGGAAGCAGUAUAACAACAUGAUCCGGCUGUUUCAAGACUGUCAAGCGGAGUGCAUUCCGCCAGUCAGCGACGAGCAUGGCUUCCAUGACGAGGCGAUGUCUGUGCCGAUGACUGGAAUUCUCGCACCUGCACGAGAUCGAGCUGUGCUUCAACAAGAAAUAUUCGGACCGUUGCUGCCCAUCUUGCCUGUCCGGGAUGUACAGGAGGCUGUUUGCAUCAUCAAUGCCGUCGCCACCAAGCCCUUGAUUGCAUAUUGCUAUACCCAGGACAGACAAGUUGAGGCAAUAUUUGUCAACAACGUGCCAGCUGGCAACAUUGCUGUGAAUGGAGGGCCUAUGCGCAUGAUCUCCAACUACGCUGCCAACUUUGGUGGAACAGGGCCAAGCGGCAUGGGUGCCGGCUUCUGGGGGAGGGACGGCCUGAAGGAGUUUUCCAAUCGGAAGCACGCCGCAGACCAAUCAACUCAUUUGCAUCGCGCACGGUAUGCGUAUCAGAGCAGUCAAUUUGCGGAAGAAGAUGAAGCAGUUGCUUGUGUUCGUGAUAGCCUUCGCCAGCCGCAAGCAAGUGAAAGAAGGACCGGGCUGAUGCUCUCUUGGUCGACCGAGUAUACUAUUUUCGGAUCGGGCCCACCGAGUAUACCAAUUUGGGAUAUUCGCCCAACCUUGGUGCGAGCAGGCAGAACGAAUUCGCGCUACACACUAGUUUUAGAGCAGCUGAUGGACGCCUUUGCAGAGCCCAAACCAAGGCGACAACGGAGCAGCUUUGGGCAAGCCUCACUAUCAGCACUAUCAAAAACAACGCCUGUCUUUUCUUGUUUCGGCCAAAGCUUCGAAAAGUUUGCGCCCCAAGAAUCAUGCUCAACUUUCUUCAGUUCGACCAUGAAAGCAUGA